AUGGCGUACAGGAUGCUGGAGGUGACCCUCCAGUCGGCCAGGAACCUCAAGAACGUCAACCUCAUGUCGCGCCUCGAGGUGUACGCCGUGGCCACCAUCUCCGGCGACCCCAUGACGCGCCAGUGCACCCCGCCGGACCCCUACGGCGGCCGCCACCCCACCUGGAACACCACGCUCCGCUUCACCGUCCCGCCCACCGCCGCCGCCGGCGCCAGCGGCUGCCUCCACGUCCUCCUCCGCACCGAGCGCUCCCUCGGCGACCGCGACGUCGGCGAGGUCGUCGUCCCGCUCACCGACAUCCUCGGCCUCGGCGGCUCCUUCCGCGACCCGCGCGACCUCGGCCCCCGCCCCCCGCAGUUCGCCGUCUACCACGUCCGCAGGGUGCACCGCCCCGCCGACACCUACGGCGUGCUCUACCUCUCCUACCGCCUCGGCGGCGUCGUCCUGCCGCAGCCCCCUCACCCUCAUCCUCAUGCGCCGCACCCGCACCACGUCCACGCCGCUGCCGCUCACGAGGAAGAGCACCACGUCGUCGCGUACCCGGUGGCGGCGCGGCCGUCGUUCCAUCAUCACCAGCCGUACGCCUACAUGCCGGCCCCGGCGCUCAUGCCGCCGCCGCCGCAGCACUCCGCGCAAGCUUCUUCCGGUUCCGGUGGGCACAUGUCGUCCUCGCCGCCGUCUCCACGGGCUUAUGGUGGUGGUGGGCAUAUGGCCCUAGCUCCGCCGCUUUCAAAGGCUUACGGUUACGGGCACCUGUCGAUGCCGCCGCUCCAAGCCUCUGGGCACACGGCCGCGCCGCUCCAAGCCUCUGGUCACAUGGCCACGCCGCCGGCGCCUCAAAAAGCAGCUGCCGGAUACGCAGCCGGCUCGACAUGGACGAGGAAUAACGGCAGCGCGGACUUGGGCAUCGGCGGCGGGAUGAUGGCCGGCGACAUGAUGUCGGACGCCGCGGCGUACAACGCCGGGUACAGGGCCGGGAUGGCCCGCGAGUGGAGCGGGGUCCGCGGGGCGGUGUACUAG